AAAAGCGUUCAUUCGCCGUUGAGGUCCAGUCGGUGCGCGUGCGCCUACGUAAAUUCCUGAAUAUUCGGCUUCAUCUUUAUAAACAUCAGGGAUGGCCGAGGCACAUCAGGCAGUAGCGUUCCAGUUCACUAUAACUGCCGAGGGCAUAGACCUGCAGCUCUCUCACGAGGCCCUGAGACAGGUUUAUCUCUCCGGACUCCGCUCCUGGAAAAAGCGCGUCGUACGCCUAAAGAAUAACGUGAUUACAGGCGUGUAUCCUGCGAGCCCGUCCUCCUGGCUCUUUGUGGUUAUAGCGAUUCUGGCCACCAUGUACACGCGCUCGGACCCAUCCAUGGGCCUCAUCGCUAAGAUCCAGGAGCACCUGCCGGCCAGCGGCUCUUUGAGCCUGCAGUGUCAGACGGUCGUCUCGGCCGUGGUGUUCAGCACUCUGCUGUGGCUCUCCCUCAUCUUCACCAUGAAGCUGUGUCUGAAGCAGCUGCUCUCGUACCACCGCUGGAUGUUCGAGGAGCACGGCAACGUGUCCACCACCACCAAGAUCUGGGUGAUGCUGGUGAGGAUCUUCUCUGGUCGCCAGCCGCUGCUGUAUAGCUAUCAAGGUUCUCUGCCUAAUCUACCAGUACCUGCUGUCAAAGACACCGUCAAGAGGUACUUGGAGUCAGUGCGUCCUCUGAUGACCGACUCUGAGUUUGAGAGAAUGAACGCUCUUGCAAGGGAUUUUGAGCUCAAUCUGGGGAACCGCCUUCAGUGGUACCUCAAGCUCAAGGCCAUGUGGGCCUCCAACUAUGUGAGUGACUGGUGGGAGGAGUACAUCUACCUGAGAGGCCGCGGCCCCAUCAUGGUGAACAGCAAUUACUAUGGCAUGGACUUUAUGUUUGUGACCCCGACUCCGAUCCAGGCAGCCAGAGCAGGAAACACCCUGCACGCUCUCCUCCUGUAUCGCAGGAAGCUAAACAAAGAGGAAAUCAAACCUAGCCGUAUCCCUGGCACUUUCAUUCCCCUGUGUGCGGCUCAGUGUGAGAGGCUUUUCAACACAACACGAACCCCAGGAGUGGAGACGGACACAGUGGUGCACUGGAACGAUAGCGAGCACGUGGCCGUGUACCACAGGGGGAGAUAUUUCCGUCUGUGGCUCUAUCAGGCAGGCAGGAUGCUGACGCCACGUGAGAUCGAACAGCAGAUCCAGCGUAUCCUGGAUGACAAGUCUGUCCCAGCGCCAGGCGAGGAGAAACUGGCAGCAUUAACUGCAGGGGACAGAAUUCCAUGGGCUCAAGCCAGGAAGGAGUUCUUCAGCUCUGGCAUCAACAAGAGAUCUCUGGACUGCAUUGAGAAAGCUGCCUUCUUCGUCACUCUGGAAGAUGAGGAGCAAGGCAUGAUGGGAGACGACCCGGCCGCUAGUAUGGACCGCUACGCCAAGUCUCUCCUUCACGGAAAAUGUUACGACAGGUGGUUUGAUAAGUCGUUUACUGUGGUGCUGUAUAAGAACGGGAAGAACGGCCUGAACGCUGAGCACUCCUGGGCCGACGCUCCCAUCGUCUCGCACAUGUGGGAGUAUGUCCUGACCAUGGACAGUUUCCACUUGGGCUAUAAUCAAGAGGGACAUUGCAAAGGUGACGGGAAUCCGUCUCUGCCCCACCCACAGAGAUUAUCCUGGGACAUUCCUUCACAGUGUCAGGAGCGUGUCGCUCAGUCUCUCUCGGUAGCUCAGGUGCUCGCCGACGACGUCAACUUUCAUGUUUUCGCCUUCCGAGAUUUCGGCAAAGGCAGCAUCAAAAAGAUCCGCAUGAGCCCCGAUGCCUUCAUCCAGUUAGCACUGCAGCUAGCCUACUACAGGGACAGAGGGAUGUUCUGUCUGACGUACGAGGCGUCGAUGACACGCCUGUUCCGUGAGGGCCGAACUGAAACCGUGCGCUCGUGUACCAGUGAGAGCUGUGCCUUCGUCAAAGCGUUCGAGAAUGGCGAGGCGGCGGACGUGUGCAGGCGUUUGUUGCGUAUGGCGUCUGAGAAGCAUCAGAUGCUCUACCGGCUGGCCAUGACAGGAGCUGGAAUAGACCGACACCUCUUCUGCCUCUACGUCGUCUCAAAAUACCUGGGUGUCGAGUCACCCUUCCUCAAAGAGGUGUUGUCUGAGCCGUGGCGUCUCUCCACCAGUCAGACUCCAUUCCAGCAGGUGGAGCUGUUUGACCUCGUGAAUCACCCGGACUACAUCACAUGUGGAGGAGGCUUUGGACCUGUUGCUGAUGAUGGAUACGGCGUGUCUUACAGCAUCAUUGGAGAGAAGAUCAUCAGCUUCCACGUCUCCAGCAAGCGCUCGUGUCCUCAGACUGACUGCCAUAAGUUUGGGGCACAGAUCAGGAAGGCGAUGCAGGAUCUUUUGCAGCUCAUGACUGAAGAUAAGAAAGAAGCACCACAAAGCGAGCAGAACCACACUGCAAAGAAAGCACUGUAGAGUGGAGUGGUAGAGCGAGGGAUUAAUUCAGUACAGGAAGAUUUGGAUUUUUUUUUUUUUUUUUUUCACCUUGUCGUGGGUGUGUGUGUGUGUGUGUGUGUGUGUGUGUGUGUGUGUGUGUGUGUGUGUGUGUGUGUGUGUGUGUGUGUGUGUGUGUGUGUGUUUGGUAGAAUGAUGCAAGGGACCAGAGGCAGGAUAGAAUCACAGAAGCAUUAACACAUGGAGCGAUGACUGUAGAAGAUGAAGAUGUGAUCCGGUCCUGUCUUAAAUCCUUUAAGUGUUCAGGAGGUAGGGAUUAAUAGCAACAUAUAGGGUCCAAUAUUUAGAAAUCUCCCGCAUCCCAAUCCAGUUCUACUCAGUAUCUUUGACUUUACGCAACUUGCAGCAUUAAAGACGACUUCACAUUUAGGGUUAACGGUCUUUAAAAAAAAAAAAAAAAAAAAAAUGUUUUUAUCACUGUAGUCAAUGAUAGGUGGUUUGGGAUGGUGAACAUGGAUGAAAAGGGUGUCAUAGCGUAGAGAGAAGGUAGCUAGCUAAUAGCCUGCAUGCAAAUUAACAAUUUAAAUACUAGCUCAGAGCACAGGAACGAAACCUAGCAUACAAAUACGAUGUAUAUCACGUAUAGUGCUAGCUUUAUGCUUCACUUCAUUACAUUCAUUUCAAUGUUAUAUUCUAAAAAAACCUAAAUUCUUUAGCAUCAUCUGCCGAUCUUUCAAGGUUUUUUUUUUUUUUUUUUUUUAAAUGCUUUCUUUUUGGGUAAACUGUUCUGCUCGAGUCUGCACAUAUGUUGAUUCAAACAUCCAAGAGCUCCAUCUAAUACAAAAGCUUAGCGAAAGCUAAUAAAGCCCAAAUCUAACCUACAUCUUCAGACUUAAAGGAGCAACAGUACUGUAAUCUCCAGUGGUCACAUGACCAAGACAAGGAAGUAUCCCGUAAAAGAAUACACAAAAGAAACGUUUUGUUUGUUUGUUUGUUUUUUCAGGUCAUGAACAAUCCAAACCUCACUCUUACACACUGGAAUGUACAAUUCUACAUAUUUAAACAUGAUGCAUAGUACAUGCAUUUUAUAUAUAGGAUCAAUGUUACAUAUUAACACCGUGCAAUCAGUGAAUGCAAUCGUUUUCAGAAUUUAAGUGUAUUGUAGAAAACCGGAUAUCGGACCUCACAUUCGGAUCUGAUGCAUAAAUCACUCCGAACCAUUUUUACUUGAAUGUUGACGUCUCACUUUAAAACAUUUUUCUUUGCUGUUAAUGAUAUUGGGCCACAUGAUUCAGUAUGAACAAAAAAAAAAAAAAAAAAGACGUGCAGCUGCUCGAAACGCACGAUUUUAAAGAGUUAACUGCAUGACAUGAUGGUUAGUAACGCAUGAGUGAUGGCUAAUAAGCUAGAGUCGUUAACGAUCACACCUGAAGGGAACACGGUUACGCAGUUUGAACCGUUCGGACGUCUCAGUGACGGUGUGAUUUUACGGCUCCAGUGAAGAUUUCUAAGAAGGAUCGAAGCUCGGUUAGAUGAAGGUCAGGAAUCUGUGGAGGUUUUAAACCAGUACAAUGCUUUUGAUUGCCAUUGAGACUGAUUUUCUUCACAUAGGAUUCUUCAGACUUGAUAAUAGUGGGGAUUUAUUAUUAUUAUUAUUAUUAUUAUUAUUAUUAUUAUUCAGUUUUUUCACUUAAUACUUUUUCCUUUUCUCGUCUUACAAACUUAAUAACCACUAAGUUCUCGUUGCUGUUCUUGUUAUUGUGUUGUUUAUUCUAUGAUGUCAAAACUAAAAAGUGAAACAUUAUGGAUAUUUGUAACGUAUUUAGCUCACUCCUGUACACUCUCUAAUUAUAAUGAACUUUUUAACGCACUUAAUUAUCUCUUUCUCGGGCCAGUAGUUUGCGUCUGUCUUUAUUUCUUCCCUCUUGCUUUGGUCUUCUGUGCAGUAGGGCGUUAGUCUUUCUCACUCUCUUUGGCCUCACUCUAGCAAGUGUCUGUAUUUUAUACGUCCUUAUGGGGGGAAAAGUUAACUCCUGAAAUCUUUUUUUUUAAUAAAAAGAGAUUGAAGCACACAA